GUGAAAGUGUUCCUGUCACAAAGAUUAAUCUACCCAACCCUUCAGAAUAUCCGAAAGCAAUGGGAGAUGAAAUAUACAGCCCAGAGGUGCAUAAACGGCAUACGUUGUUCUGUGGAACCAACGUAAUUCAAACCCGUUUUUAUACCGGAGAAUUGGUCAAAGCUCUGGUAGUGAGAACAGGCUUUAGUACUGCCAAAGGACAGCUUGUUCGUUCCAUACUAUAUCCAAAGCCAACUGAUUUUAAACUCUACAGAGAUGCCUAUUUGUUUCUCCUGUCUCUGGUAGUGGUGGCAGGCAUUGGGUUUCUUUACACAGUUGUCAACAGCAUCUUGAAUGAGGUUCCAGCUCAUACCAUCAUCAUUGAGUCUCUUGACAUCAUCACUAUCACGGUGCCUCCGGCGCUGCCUGCUGCCAUGACUGCUGGUAUCGUUUAUGCACAAAGAAGGUUGAAAAAAAUUGGCAUCUUCUGCAUCAGCCCGCAAAGGAUAAAUAUUUGUGGCCAGCUGAAUCUUGUGUGUUUCGAUAAGACUGGCACACUUACUGAGGAUGGCUUGGAUCUUUGGGGAAUUCAACGGGUGGAAAAUGCUCGUUUCCUUUUGCCGGAAGAGAGGGCUUGCAGUGAGAGCUUGCUGAAGUCCGAGUUCGUUGCUUGCAUGGCAACCUGUCAUUCCCUUACGAAAAUUGAAGGGGUACUUUCUGGGGAUCCGCUUGAUUUGAAGAUGUUUGAAGCAAUAGGAUGGAUUUUAGAAGAAGCAACUGAAGAGGAAACAGCCCUUCACAAUCGAAUCAUGCCAACAGUGGUUCGGCCUUCAAAACAGCUUUUCCCAGAAUCUAAGCAAGCAACAAACCAAGAAAUGGAAUUGUUUGAGCUUUCGACAAGUUAUGAGAUUGGAAUUGUGCGCCAGUUUCCAUUUUCUUCAGUUUUGCAACGCAUGUGUGUAAUAGCGAGAGUUCUAGGGGAGAAGAGGAUGGAUGCUUACAUGAAAGGUGCCCCUGAAGUGAUUGCCAGCUUGUGUAAGCAGGAAACAGUUCCUGUUGACUUUGACUGUGUCCUGGAAGAAUACACUAAGCAGGGCUUCCGAGUUAUUGCUCUUGCUCACAGAAAAUUGGAGUCUAAGCUUACAUGGCACAAAGUCCAGACUAUUAAUAGAGAUGCUAUUGAAAGCAACAUGGAUUUUAUGGGGUUAAUUAUAAUGCAAAACAAGCUAAAGCAAGAAACCCCUGCUGUACUUGAAGAUUUGCAUAAAGCCAACAUUCGCACUGUCAUGGUUACAGGGGAUAACAUGUUAACUGCUAUCUCGGUGGCCAGAGACUGUGGAAUGAUUCUACCUCAGGAUAAGGUCAUUAUUGCUGAAGCACUACCUCCAAAGGAUGGGCAGGCUGCCAGGAUCAACUGGCAUUAUGCAGAUACCCUCGCAAAAUGCACUAGUUCAUCACCAGCCAUAAACUCAGAGGAUAUUCCAGUUAAAUUGGUCCAUGAAAGCCUUGAGGAUCUUCAGAUGACCAAGUACCAUUUUGCAAUGAAUGGGAAGUCAUUUGCAGUGAUUUUGGAGCAUUUUCAGGACCUGGUACCCAAGCUUGUGUUACAUGGCACUGUGUUUGCUCGCAUGGCGCCUGAUCAGAAAACCCAGCUGGUGGAAGCUUUACAAAAUGUAGAUUACUACGUGGGCAUGUGCGGAGAUGGAGCAAAUGACUGUGGCGCGCUAAAGAGGGCACAUGGUGGUAUAUCUCUGUCUGAACUUGAGGCUUCUGUGGCAUCACCAUUCACUUCCAGGACACCUAGUAUUUCCUGCGUGCCAAAGCUGAUCAGGGAAGGCCGUGCUGCUUUAAUAACUUCCUUCUGUGUGUUUAAGUUCAUGGCAUUAUACAGCAUUAUCCAGUACAUCAGUGUUACUCUGCUAUAUUCUAUCCUGAGCAAUUUGGGAGAUUUCCAGUUUCUCUUCAUUGAUUUGGCAAUCAUUUUGGUGGUUGUCUUCACUAUGAGUCUGAACCCUGCUUGGAAGGAGCUUGUUGCACGAAGGCCUCCAUCAGGUCUUAUCUCAGGUCCACUUCUGUGUUCCGUUUUGUCUCAGAUCAUCAUCUGCCUUGCUUUCCAAACCUUUGGGUUUUUUUGGGUCAAACAGCAGUCCUGGUAUGAGCCUUGGACAACGGAAUCUGAUGCAUGUGAUGUAUUGGAUGCCGCAAACCCCAUCUCUGCACACCACGGGAAUGAGACUCUUCAUGAUGAACAUUACAUUAAAAACUAUGAAAACACAACUUUGUUUUUUAUAUCCAGCUUUCAGUACCUCAUAGUGGCAAUUGUCUUUUCUAAAGGAAAGCCCUUUAGACAACCGUGCUACAAAAAUCUUCUGUUUGUUAUAUCUGUGAUAGUUCUUUAUGUCUUCAUAUUUUUCAUCAUGUUGCAUCCUGUUGAAUCUAUUGACACAUUUCUUGAGCUGGUGUGUGUGCCAUAUGAGUGGCGCCUAAGAAUUCUCAUUAUUGUUGUUCUCAAUGCGCUUGUCUCCGUGCUGACGGAGAAUGUCCUCCUUGAUAUGAUCCUUUGGAAGGUUGUGUUCAAUCGAGACAAACAAGGAGAAUAUCGCCUCACCAUACCCCAGCCGCCUCAGGAGGCUGUGGAUCGCUGUGGAGUCUGUUUCCUUUCUUCCCUCUUGGGUUGUAGAGAGAAGACACCAAAAGCCAAGUAUAUGCAUCUAGCUCAGGAACUGCUGGUUGAUCCAGAAUGGCCACCGAAACCCAGGACAACAACAGAAGCAAAAGUACCAUCCCAAGAAAACGGCUCCUAUCAAAUCAUCACUGUAACGUAA